AUGGCGCUCGCCAAUAUUGCAAACAAGACUCACUGGUUCGGCGUGUUCCUCCUCCUGGUGUCCAGCAUCUUGCUCCUUAUCGUAACCAUCUCCGCCCCAGUCUGGAACCAUGUCGGCCUCCUCCACGUCACCCUUCCCGCUACCUCCGGCCUCAAGCACACCAGCGUCAACCUGGGCACCUUCGGGUACUGCAUCGUCGACAUUGCUCCUAACGACAACGACUACUGCACCCACCACCACAUCGGCUACGCCCCCGCCGCUCUCCUCGCCCAGCUCGACCAUGCGUCCAUCUCCACCAUCGCCUCCGGGACCUCCGACUCCCUAACUCGCGUCAUGGUCCUCCACCCCAUCGAGACCGGCCUAAGCUUCAUCGCCUUCCUGCUCGCCAUCGGCCACGGUAUCAUAGGUUCUUUAGCUGGAGCAAUCAUUGCCUUCAUCACCUGGAUCCUGGUCCUCAUCUCCCUCGCGAUCGACUUCAGCCUCUUCGGGAUCCUGCAUCAUCACGUGAACAACGAUGGCAGCGGGAGUCGCGCGAGGUUCGGUGCGGCGAUUUGGUGUCUCGUGGCCGCGUUCUUGACGCUGUCCUUCGGGAUGAUUAUCGUCUUCUUUACCUGCUGUGCAAAUCAUCGGGAGAAGAAGCGGGUGGCGAAGAGUGAGCGGGAGGUAGAACCGGUGCAGGAGGCGCCGAAGAGAAAGAAGAAGUUCGGGGUUUUUUAG